AAACGAUGUUAUGCAAAAACACAGAGUUUAUUCAGUGUUUUUCUGAGGGCCGACCAACACGAUCAACAUGAAAUUAAAACUGGAUUCGCAUAUAUCCCUUCUGGACCCGUCGCUUCUGCUGCGUCCGGAGCAAGUGUACGAUGGUAAACCUAUAGAUGCAUUCAGAGACUAUACCAUAGACAACACCGACCCCAUCAGAGAGCGUGUAAGGAGGACUUACUACGAAAUGCACACCAAUAUGACUGUAGACUUCGUUAAAAGUAAAAUGGAGAAAUGGUUGAAGUUCAAUCACUUCAAAUCAACAAUAAAGGAUGCUUUGAUCAGAUUAAAUGAGCUCGUAGAUGAAUCGGAUCCCGACACUGACCUACCGAACAUCGUGCACGCUUUCCAAACAGCAGAAAAGAUCCGAGAAGACUAUCCAGAUGAUGACUGGUUCCACUUAACGGGUCUCAUCCACGAUUUAGGCAAGGUGAUGGCUUUCUACGACGAACCACAAUGGUGCGUGGUCGGUGAUACCUUCGUGGUAGGCUGCAAGUGGGGCAAGAACAUUGUGUACGGUGACGAUAGCUUCAAGGAGAAUCCUGACACUUACAACCCUAAGUAUAAUACUGAAUACGGGAUGUACACUCCGAACUGCGGACUGGAGAAUUUGAUGAUAUCAUGGGGACAUGACGAGUACCUCUACAGAUUUUUAAUACACAACAAGGCCAAGUUACCCAAAGAGGCCUUCUACAUGAUCAGAUAUCAUUCGUUCUAUCCUUGGCAUGCGGGUGGUGAUUAUAAACAUUUACUCCAAGAUGGAGACGAGAAGAUUAGAGAAAGCGUCCUGAAAUUCAAUCGAUAUGACCUAUACACUAAAAGCGCUGCUAUUCCGGACGUCGCGGCACUGUGGCCUUACUAUGAAUCGCUCAUAGACAAAUAUUUACCAGGAGUACUCGAGUUCUAAUUAUUUAUGACUAUAUAUAAGAUUUUAAGAAACUUAUUUAUACAAAGUAUUAUUAUCAUGAAAUGACGUUACCAAUAAGCCGGAGCACUAGAGUUAUAGAAGUAGAGUAUAGAUAGGUAUAACAACGAAUGUUGUAAUAUGUAUGGGGGUCUACUGAACAUUAAAGGUACCCUUGAUAGUAUGUAGGUUCAUCUCCCGAGUGGAAGUCAGUUUCGGGUUUUUGAUGUUACUAGAGUAGGUUUAGUUUCAAAUUAUUGUUAAGAGUUAAGCCUACAAAAUGCUGAAGUAAUUCAAAUUCAAAUUCAAAAUA